CAUAUGAUUCUAUGAUGCAAUGACGGGAACCAUCUACGAGCAUAUAGCUAAACUACUAGCGAGACACGUCUGACAACCACGUCGGCUGUGAAUUCGCGUUUGAAUUUGGACAGAACUGUCAAAGCGUUGUGUUAACUGUGUCGCACGUCCGACAAUGGCGCAGCUCCGUGCGUACGUGAUGUUAUGACAAUUGAUGUCGACACGUGCUAACUAACGUGCGAAACGCUCCACGUCGGUCAUCGUUCAAAGUCAAAGGAAGAAAAAAGAUAUGCGUUCAAAGAAUUGUGUACCAUUGUACAUUAUUUCAGUGCUAGUUCACAGGUUGACUCGGUAUAGAAAUUUGAAGAUUCCAACAGAACCAUCAGAGAAUACUGCGGCCUUCACAGUCCUCCUACGGCCGCUUUGGUGUUGCCCCAAUGGAGACAGCUGAAGACCAAUCAGACGAUGUGGGGGGAAUGGAGGCAGAACACGAGGCAACAGAGCCGCUGGAUGGAAAUGACCAAGCGGCAAACGAUGCCCCAAUGGAGACAGCUGAUGAACAAUCAGGCAAUGUGGGAGGAACUGAGGCAGAACAGGAGGAAACCGAGCGGCAGGAUGGAAAUGACCAAGCGGCAAAUGAUGCCCCAAUGGAGAGAGCUGAAGACCAGUCAGACAAUGUGGGGGGAAUGGAGGCCGAAACCGAGCAGCACGAUGGAAAUAACCAAGCGGAAAAUAUGUCUCCAUUUCCACAGGAUCAGCCUGAAUCUGAGCCAGAUGAUGUGGGCCCACAGCCAGAAAGCAGUGGUGCUGAAGAAGACCCUGAUGUGCACAUACAGUCUGAGCAGGAAAAUGUUUCCCAAGUUCUGUCACCGCCCUACCUUAUGAACAUAGUCGACGAAAAGGAGAAUGAGGAGCCCGUUACAAAAGACAAUGAUGAAGAAGAAUUUGUUGUUCUUGAUGCUGCACAUCCUCUGGUUGCAAAGACGCAAGCUGCACUGAAAAAUCAACUUAUUAAGGAACUUGAAAGGCUGACCCGGCAACUGAAGGAAGAGGGGGGGAUUGAGAAGGAAGAGGCAAGCCAAACACAGGAAUUAUACGUAGAGUUGUUCAGGGAACAGGAGAGGCUAAAAAGACUCCAGACAAGACUAGAUGGUCAACAGAAGACCAAGGCCUUAGCUGAAGACAAACAUCGACAGGUACAAGAUGAAUUGAAGGCAAUGAAGUCUUGCCAUUCCAGCACCACCAACCAGUGCACCAUGACCAGAACCAAUGUAUCCAAGCUACAGACAGAGCUAGACAAACUGAAGUUGCAUGUACACUUCACACAAGAAAUCAGUGAAGAUCUGCAUUCUAAUGUAAAAGCCACAAGGAAUGCCACACGAAAAGUAGGAACCAAGAAAUCAAAGGCUGAAGACCAGAAACUCAAGCAGGAUAUGUAUGCAGAGCGCCUGACUAAGGAAUUGGACAGACUGACACAACAGAUGGACCUAUAUGAGGUCCAGACCAAUGCCCAGGCAGAGACGACAUUAGCAACCAAAGAGGCUCUUUCCGAGGCUGAAAUGCAAAUGGAGUCUCUAGCAAUGGCACAAAAGCAGUUGCUGCAGCAGUGGAACAGCAGCCUGCUCAGUAUGAGGAGGCAAGAUGAGGAAUUUGGAACAAUGCAGGAGGCUGUAUGCAUGGCAGGACACCAAGUGAUCGUGCUGGACAGAGAGAUUGAAGGCAACAAGAAAUCCCUUUCUGAGCUGCAAGAGAAAAGUGAGACUUUGACUAUGAUGUUGAACUGCGCCCAGAUGGACUGUGAAGUCACCAAGAAGAUGAUCAGUCAGAAGCAGGCGCAGCAUGAAACUCUGCAGGCCCAAUACAGCACCUACCUCCGGGCUCUGGGGCAGACAGAGUGCACACUCGUAGAACUCACUAAGGAGGAUAACGGCCUUCAGGUUGAGGUGACUGAUCAGAGACAAAAGCUGGAGAAAAACAAAAAUAAGCACCUGGAGUUAGAGAACCGCAUCAUGACCCAAAUGCUGAAGAAGCUCAUGGACAGCAAGGCUGCUCAGUACUAUCAGCGACUUACCAACAAGAAAGCCUCACUCAAGAAAGAAAAGAUCUAUCAGCUGUGGCAUUUGGAGAGUUCAGUAAUGGCGGCUGCCCUGGAGAGCAAUGUGAUCAACGAGAAACUGGAAAACUUGUCUCAAACUCAGAAGGAACUUGAUGAGGAAAUUAGAAAGUACAACAAGGUGGUCGCAUCUAACCAGACUAACAGUUCUUCUAUCGAUGCACUCAUUGCACAGAAGCAGACCACUAUUGCAAACAUCAACAAGAAAAUUGAUCUCAUCGCAGCUCGAACUGGGCAUGAAGACCUCAGUCCUCUGCAAAUCAAGGUAGAAGCAAUAAAGACUCAGAUUGACGCAUUAUCACAGAAAAUCAAGAAUGAGCAGCAGCUGUGGCUGAAGCAUCAAGGAACACUUAUAGGACUAACUCUGGAGAUACAGACACACAACAAGGAAUAUAACAAACUGCAGACAAAGUGCACCGUGAUCUGUCAGAAGAAGAUUUACCUGCAGCGUCAGCUUGAAGUCUUGCACCGUGAUGAGAGUGAGGUGGAGAAGAGCAAUAAGAUGCUUCAAAGAGACUUGCUGAAGCUCAACACUCUUCUGAGCAAGAACGCCCAGUUGCGCCAUGCUUUGGAGCAGGAGAAUGCUGUGAUGGAGACGGAAUUCCUUCAUAAGCUUAAGGAGGCAGAGCGGGAGUCUCUAGAGAUGGAGGCAAAACUGGAGAAGACCCAGGAGGAAAAGGAAAAACUUCUCAGCAGUCUGGUGGAGGCUGAGCGUCAGAUCAUGCUAUGGGAAAAGAAGACCCAUGUUAUGAAAGAGACACGUUUAGUUGUGCAAGAGGGUCAAGGAGAGAUCCAAAUAAUGAGGGAUGAUGUACACCGUAUGGAGCGCUGGCUCAAUCUGCUGAUAAGGCAGCGUGAGCAGCUGCUGCGGGACAGUAUAGCAGUUGUGGAAAGGAGGGGAUACAUCAUUGAACGCAAUGAUGUCAUGGCUCGUAGUACUAAUAAGACCACCACCAAGGGUGAGCUAAAUCUGAUGAAUGACGGUUUACGGCGAAAGAUCAAAGAAAUACACAAGUUCGUGAAAGAGUACGACCGGGAGAUUAGAGAGCUGCAAGAAGGUCAGGAAGAAUUUCAGAACAAGGCCAAGAAGAUUCAGGAGAUGAUCGAUGGCACGCCAUCCACCACUGCUUCACUUGAAGCUGCUCUGCAGGGUGAGGCAGAGCGAGUGCAUACUGUCAGGACUAUCAUUCACCGCGUGUGGGUAGAGAUGCCCAAGUAUCAGGGGUCUCUCUGGAAGGUGUUGCGGUCACUGGCAGAACAUGCGGACUCUGAAGAAGGAGACGUCAACAGUGUGGGAUAAAAUAGGGAUCAUACAGUUGCCAUUAAAUAGUAGGUCAAUAAUAAAGACAUUGUAUGUACAAACAAACAACUUUCUUCGGCUUGUGAUUAAGAUUAACCAGCUACAAGUUUCUACUGGUUUUAAGACUUUCAAGAGCUGCUGUCCCUCAAGCUCCUGCAAGCUUCUUGUGACCCAGUUAUAAUAUCUUUCUUACAUGGCCCAAUAUGGAUAGGCGUCAUGGAAGUGUAAGCAGAAAAGGUUUCAUUCGGAUAUCACGGCAUGAAAACUCAAAAGACGGAACGCAUAUGAUAUCCCACAAACCUUUGCUUUUUUAUACACACUUUUGCUGCAGGCGAUUGAGACAUUAUUGGCUGUGUUUUGAGUUGAUUUUAGAGGACAGUACAUUUACACUGUUUUAAAAGCUGUUCACGUUUUAUUGUAGCAAAGAGUCAUUUCUUCAGUCUUGUCCCAUGAAAAGAUACGAUAAAAUAUUUGCAAGAAUGGGAGUUGUGUACUCACUUUUAUGAGAUAUUGUACAUGACAUCAGGACCAGGUCUGUCCUUGGUCAGACAAGAAACAAAUUGCUUUACAGUGCACAUACUGGUUGGCCAGACAUCUAGAAUCUUGACAUUCCAUUCUCAGUCUUCAUAUUUUUACUUGAACUUUUUCACAGUGCAUGGAUACCAUGUGUUUGCAUUUUGCCCCAUUUCGCUGCUGCCGAGAGAGAAAUAAUAGCCCUGGCUCUGCAAUCAUUAGAUAGUCUCAUUUCAAUUAUUAUGGUGGAAAAGUAAACGACAUAGACAAAAAGAAAUUUGAUAACUAAGUGGAAGAAGCAAAAGAGACAAACAAGUUAAGCACUUCUGAGGGUCAAAAAUUUGGUUAAUUGGACCAAUUAACAUUUGGACAUUUUCUGCCUCACUCAGCUUUUUCACAAGUCUUCCCAGCUUUUCUCUGUGUGCACAGUUUCAUUUGUUUCUGUGCAUUCUUCAGCAAUCAUUUUUCAUCAUCCAGCGUUGUCAUUUGUGUUUGUCCAUCUGUUUAUUAGCAUGCUGUCUUUUUUUUUUAAAGGUCAUCAAACUAAAAAUAAAUCAGAAAAUAGC